AUGGCCAUUUCCCCCCUCGCCGUCAGCGGGGCCGCCGUCGCCACGCUCGCCGUCCUCGGCCUCGCCGUCUUCGCCUGCCGCCGGUGGCGCCGGGGCGCGCCGCCUCCGCCCCCGGUCGCCGCCUCCUCCUCCCAGGAAGAUGAUAUCUACAGGCCUCUCAUAUCAGAUAAUUUGGAGGACCACUCAGGCUCAAGCAAUAAUCAUUGCAGCAGUACUGCUGCUGAAUCCGGAAUUUGGAAAAAUAGGAGUAGCACUUCACCAAGGACGCAUAGAAACCCCACUGAAUUUCAUCCCAUUGGAGGAGAAAUUCACGUGAUUGAUGUUACAAACGGUACGACGGAAGAGCUCCAUUUGGGAAGUACACUUAAGCGUCCAGCAGAAACAUGUGCUCCAACGCCUGAGGUGAAGCACAUUAGAAGGGCUUCUGAAGAGAAUAAUAAUGGUGGCAUUCCUGUGAAGGAUAUUACAGUUGGAAGCCACCUAGCCUUGGAGGUCAUAGCUGGUCCAUCUCAUGGAAUAAACCGCUACCUGCAGUCAGAUAAUACAUCCAUGCUCCCGAUGACUCUUGGAAGAGUACCUCAAAGUGGUUUGGUGUUAAAGGAUUCUGAGGUGUCAGGAAAGCAUGCCCAGAUUAACUGGAAUGCAAAUGCACUGAAGUGGGAACUUGUGGACAUGGGCAGUUUAAAUGGAACUUUCUUGAAUUCCCAGCCAGUUAACCACCCUGAUGUUGGCUCUAGACGCUGGAGUGAGCCUGCUGAACUUAAAGAUGGCGAUAUUAUAACACUUGGAAGUUCAUCAAAAGUAUCAGUUCAAAUUUCACUACAAAAUCAACAAGUGCCAGUUGGAGUUGGUAUGGCUUCUGAUGCAAUGAUAGCCCGCCGAACUGGACAGAAACUUCCCAUGGAGGAUGUCAGCUGCUAUAAGUAUCCUCUUGCUGGUGCGGAACAGUUUGGUCUGUUUGGCAUUUUUGAUGGCCAUGGAGGGGAUGGGGCUGCAAAAGCUGCCAGCAGGAUUCUUCCAGAGAAUGUUGCAAACAUUCUGUCUCAACAGGAAACAAUAGAAGGAGUUCUCACAUGUGGCAAUGCUUCAGAUGUCCUUAGAUGUGCCUUUUCCUUGACGGAAGCUGCACUCAAUCAUCAGUAUGAGGGUUGUACAGCAACUGCACUUCUUAUUUGGUUUGAUAAGAACAGAGAUUGCUUUGCCCAAUGUGCUAAUCUCGGUGACUCAGCAUGUAUUAUGAAUGUCGAUGGGAAUCCAGUUGCAAUGACAGAGGAUCAUCGAGUAGUUAGUACAACAGAGCGAGAGAGGAUAGCAAAGUUAGGACCUCCCCUGAAAGACGGUGAAAGCCGUAUAUGUGGACUAAAUCUUUGCAGGAUGCUUGGAGACAAGUUUCUCAAAGAGCAAGAUCCGAGAUUCAGCUCAGAACCAUAUGUGAGCCCAGUGGUGCACAUCACAAAAUCAUGCUCAGCUUUUGCCCUUAUUGCUAGCGAUGGCCUAUGGGAUGUCAUUAGCGCGAAAAGAGCAGCACAACUUGUCCUUGAAUAUAAGGAGAGGAACAAGGACCAAAUACUUUCAGCAGACAGAGUAGCAGAGCACGUGUUGAGCGAAGCCAGGAAUUUGCGGACGAAGGACAACACAUCCGUGAUAUUCGUGGACUUUGACGCUAUGAGAACGGGUCCCCGAACUGCCAGUUGAUCGAUCCAUUGAUUCUAGAAACCGCCUUACUGGCUGCUUCAACCCCAUUGUUUUGUUCUUUCCCUUUUCUCUUAUUUUUUGUCCAUUACCAGAGUUUGCAUCUUGCUGAGGCCAAGUACAACGGUUUUUCUCGUCUGCAAAUACUUGGAGAGCUCUUUUGUACGGAUGUGCCUGUAGAAAUGUUAAUGUGUUAAUGAACUUCACAUCCUGGACAUGCGUCGACUAUAUGCUCGGACAAGGCUGCCCAGAUAUAGCAGUAGAAUCUUUUGUGUUGAACAUUUAAGAUGGCUGUACGCACAAAUCCAUUAUCUUGUUGAGCAGAUGCAAAAUGUGCCUCCGUAUCAAGCUUGGCAUAAUGUA